AUGAAUAAUCUCUUACUUGGUUGUUUGUGUUUGACCGCACUGAAUGUUCAUGGUUUUGAUAUCACUGAAGAGUAUUUUGGCACUGUUCACGAUGGAGUGCUGACAAAUACCAAUUACCAGCCUGCUGAGUUUGACAGACAUCCACAGAGAAAUGGAGAAAAGAUCAUUGGAUUCCCGGCCUUUUAGUAAGUGCAUUCAACAACGUUAACAUUGUUUUCAGCGAUGAGCCAGACUACAGCUAUUUCGGCCAAGCCUUCCCGGAGCAGGGAAAAUGGUGUGGAAUUUUCAAUGUAAAGAACGGGCCAUACGAAACUUGCGAUGGUUUCCGCGUUCUUGUAAACGUCCCCGGGAAUGAGUAAGAAUUUUCGUCGCAACCUUCUCAAUUUUUGAAUAAUUUGUUAAUUUUUUAGGUUCAACCUCCGAAAUCCCGAUAACAUGAAGCCAGAUGAUGAAAAGGUGUACUUCAGAGGAGUGGCUUUGGUACUUGUCAGAGAUCCUAACGCUAGCGGUGAUACGAUUUUCGGAACCUAUGUGGAAGAACCACAAGUACUGCAGUACGUUGCUUAUAACGGUCAGGCCGAACAAUAUUCCGGGGAUGAUGCUUCAACUGGGGACCGGAUUCUUCUGGUUGUAAAAUCGGUGACGGCGAAAUAA